CGAAAAAGACCAUACAGUUUUGGGUUGUAAUCGUAACAUUAUUUAAACGAACUGACUGUUCAGCCUUCCCAUUAAAUAUGUUCGUAGCAUUGAUUUAAGUUAACUUCGCUAGUUAACGUCGAUGUGGUCGGCAAAUUAGCCCCCUAACUAGCUGUCGUGAGUUAAACAUCAAUUUAUCAUUCGCAGGGUUAAUAUUGAUUCAUUUUGUCCUUUUUAGCAGACCACUCUGAAAGGGGUGUUUUUUUGCCAAAGUCGUCGUAGGGCGAAACAUUUGCAGCGGGUUGACACAUUUCAAUUGAUUAAACAUGUUUCUUGCCAAAAGACUCAUCGGUGGCAUUCUUGAUGUCGUAAGCAAUAUUGAUCCAGCUGUGUUUGUGCCCUCUGACCCACCCGCACCACGAAGGCCACUUGCGUACGCAGAGCAGAAUGAGAGUGACGAGGAAAGACAGUUUCGCAAAGUCUUCCAGCAGUUGGCUGGAGAUGACAUGGAGGUGAGCCCAACUGAAUUGAUGAACAUCUUGAACAGAAUUAUUUCCAAACAUGGUGACCUGAAGACAGACGGGUUUAGCAUUGAGUCCUGCAGGAGCAUGGUUGCAGUCAUGGAUUGUGACAGUACUGGGAAGCUCGGAUUCCAUGAGUUCAAACACCUCUGGAACAAUAUCAAGAAAUGGCAGUGUGUGUAUAAGACUUAUGACACUGAUGGCUCUGGGGUUAUUGGUGCAGAUGAGCUUCCCAAUGCUUUCAGGGCGGCAGGCUUUCCCCUCAAUGAUCAGCUGUUCCAGAUGAUCAUUCGCAGAUACAGCGAUGAGAACGGGAACAUGGACUUUGACAACUGCAUUGGCUGCCUUGUGAGAUUGGACGCUAUGUGCCGUGCCUUCAAAACCUUAGACAAGGAUAACAAUGGAACUAUCAAGGUCAACGUUCAAGAGUGGCUCCAGUUGACAAUGUACUCCUAAGCACAUUAAAUGCCUACACGUGUUUACAAAACAACUCUUUCUACAUGGCGCUGCGCUUUAGACCACUCCAGGGACACCCUAUGUCAGUCAACCAGCCCCCCAGUGUAUGCAGGUUUCCCUACAUGCUUUGCAACCUACACUAUGUGAAUAUAGCAUUUUCUCAUAUAACAAAGGGGAGUUGUAGACCAAUUUGUAGACUAUUGUGGUAGCAAAAACCUGCACACGGUGUUCUUUGGGCUGCUCAAUACCAAUGCUAGUCUUGCACUCGCCCACGACUAUCUGCUUGUUUUCCUUUUGAAUUCAAGAAAACCUCUACACAGGCUAUGGCUGUCUUCACCUUUCAAAGAGCUCUCUCAAAUAGUAGUCAUUUAACAAUUAUUUAAGCCAGUUAUGAAAUAGUCUGUCACAUAUGUAGCUACACAACAGCAAUACAAUGCUAGUUUUUGUCAUGUCUCACAACAAAAAAUGGUCUUGUGCCAUUGCGUCAUGAAGCCAACAGAUGCCAUUUUAAUGAUUGGGUAAAUGUUGCCAUAAGUCACUGAGCUGUUAUUACUUUGAAAUGUAUGGAAUUAAAGAAAUCUAAACAAUGUA